CAUGAAAUUUGUGGAAAAUAAAUAACCCACACUUCAAGCUCACACCACUGACGGAGGACUGAUAAUCCACAAAACACAAAUUAAAACAAGAGCAAAUUCUCCCUUGGCUAUCAUUUUCCUCUGUUUUUCUCACAAUGUUUGAUGAUGGACCUAAACCAAAACAACCAUGUAAUACAUAUUCUAGAGACAACCAUCUUCCACCUUCCUGUUUUCUGUCACAAGUGCCACCGCCAGUACUACUUCCUACUCUGAACCAUAAGGAGGACAGCUUGUUGGCCACUGGAAUGACAAUCAUGGGAGGCAUGCUAUGUUCGGCUCUUAUUCUCUGUAUGUCCUUUGCACUUGUUAGAUUCUAUUUUAAAUCUAGGAGACGAAGUUUACCAGUUAUUUUCUUCAGUUCUCGAGAUGAUUUUUUCCUCGCUGAAGAUCAAAUAAUGUCAUAUUUAGAUAACCCCAUAUGGUACACCAACACGAUCGGUCUCCAACAAUCAGUCAUCGAUUCGAUUGCAGUUUUUAAGUAUAAAAAAGAUGAAGGAUUGAUUGAAGGGACUGAAUGUUCUGUUUGCUUGAAUGAGUUCCGUGAAGAUGAAAGCCUUAGGCUUUUGCCAAAGUGCACCCAUGGUUUCCACCUGCCUUGUAUCGAUACUUGGUUAAAGUCGCACCAAAACUGCCCGUUGUGUCGAGCCCCCGUUGUUUCGGAUGCCAUGGCUGUUCAAACCAGUGCGUUGGAACCUAAUUCCAUCGGUUCAGGUUCGAGCAACGAAGCCCUGGUCGAAAACGAUAUCCGAGAAGACAGAACUAAUGAGGAACUGAGAACCUGUCCGAUUGAAGAUGGAAUUCAAGCGAGGAGGUCGGUUUCAUUGGAUUUAACUUGUGCCAUGGAAAUAGCUCGUGAAGCAACCGGAGAGCUUAAAUAUUGUGGUAGCUUUGACGCUGAAUUAGAGCAGUCGAAGUAUUGGAACGGAAAGAUCGGUGUGAAACGAAGCAGUGGAAGUUCAAGCAUAUGCAAGCUGAUGAAAAGCUCUUCGAUGGGGCGAUCUUUAUCCAAGGGGGCUGUUUCAAUGAAAAGAUCUUUCUCUUCUGGUGGAAUAUUGUUAUCCAAACAAAGUGAAAUCCAGGGAUCGGUCCUUCCCUUGUGAAAUCAAAGAUUUUGUGGUUUCUAGUUUUAGUGACGGUAGGGUUCGAGUUAUAGACUUAUAGGGUGCUUGCCUAAAAUCAUUUCCACGAGUUUCAUUAGCUGUGAGUUACGGUUUCAUCAGCUGUUUUCUUUUUUCUUUUAUUAAAGAACGAAAUCCUUCCUUCUUGCUUGUAUUCAUAUUCCCAGAUUUCCUUGCAUGUUGUCAUA